AUGGCUCCCAAGCAGAAAGCUGGGCAAAAGCCGAAGCCCAACGUGGCGGAGGAAGUGGAAGAGACGUUCCAAGCUGUGGUGCUCGCAGAUACCUUCGAGACGAGAUUCGAGCCGUUCACCCGUGAUAAGCCUCGUUGCCUUUUGCCGCUCGCAAAUACCCCCUUGAUCGAAUACACCCUCGAAUUUCUGGCCAAUGCAGGUGUGGAGGAGGUCUUCCUCUAUGCUGGAGCGCACUCAGAUCAACUGGAGAAAUACAUCAAUGCAUCGAAAUGGAGGGCCCUGUCUUCUCCAUUUAAGCAAUUUACUUUCCUCAAGUCGACUUCUACCUCUGUCGGUGACGUUAUGCGCGAUCUGGACGGCAAGCACCUUAUUACCGGAGACUUCAUUGUCGUGAGCGGCGACGUGAUCAGCAACCUGCCCAUCGAGGGUGCAUUGGCCGAGCACCGGGCCCGCCGAGCACUUGACAAGAAUGCGAUUAUGACCAUGGUUUUAAGAGAGGCUGGCCUACAGCACAGGACCAAGUCCACCUCAGUUUCGCCGAUUUUCGUCAUUGACCCUACCAAGGACCGCUGUCUCCACUACGAGGAAAUCGAUCGCCAUGCAGAUGAUGAACAAUUGUCUCGUCUGAAUAUUGACGCCGAAAUUAUUCUUAAAAACCCCGAACUGGAUAUCCGCCAAGACUUGAUCGACUGCAGCAUCGAUAUCUGCACCCCGGACGUGCUGAGCUUAUGGUCGGAUAGUUUCGAUUACCAAUCGCCCCGGAAACACUACCUGUUCGGUGUCUUGAAGGAUUAUGAGCUGAACGGCAAGACUCUGCACACAUACAUCAUCAAGGACCACUACGCUGCGCGCGUGCGCAACCUGAAGGCAUACGACGCGAUUAGCAAGGAUAUCCUCUCGCGUUGGACAUACCCCUUGUGCCCGGAUACGAAUUUGCUCCCUGGUCACACCUACACACUUCGUAAGGGCAGCAUGUACCAAGAAACCGGGGUGACCCUGGCACGCUCUUGCGUCAUUGGGCGCCGCACAGUCAUCGGAAAAGGCACUAGCAUUGGAGACCGCGCAGAAGUCCACAACUCCGUGCUUGGUCGAAACUGUAAAAUUGGCCGCAAUGUCAAGCUGGAUGGUGCCUACAUUUGGGACGAUGUCGUGAUUGGUGAUAACACAGACGUCCGUGGGGCGAUUAUCGCCGAUGGCGUGGUUAUCGGCAAGAAUUGUGCCGUUGCAGCGGGAGCCCUUCUCUCCUACGGCGUGAAAAUCGCAGAUAACAUCUGGGUGGAGAGUGGGAAGCGUAUCACGAAAACUCGAAAUGACGGCGGCGUGGGUAAAAAUGAUCCCGCAGUUGUCGGUGAAGGAGGCGAGGGCUAUGAGUUCAUUCACGGCGAAGAAGAGGAAGAUGAAGAUGACGACAUGAGCGUAGCAUCAUCGGGACUUGUGUACCGCAUGCCCAAUCUCUCACUUUCUUCCGCCUCCAUUUCCACACUGUCGUCUGAGGUGUCUAAUACCUCUUGGGCACGAUCCGAGCGGAGUAGUUUCUCUGCCGACGAAGAUGCAGACAACUUCCACCACGAUGCAUCAGUCAGUUUGUUUGACAGUCUACGUGAAGGCGUGGCAGCAGAUGUGGUGCAGCUUGAGUUGGUCACGCUACGUAUGAGCGCCAACGCUUCAGACAACCAGGUCCGUCGCGCUAUCGUGACAUCGUUCAUGAAGCACAUCCAGCAGCUCAUGGAGGGCGGCAAGGGUGCCGGUCCAGCAGUCAAUGAGGUUUUCACGGCAUACAAGGAGGUCGUCGAGCGCACUCUAUUUGAUCGCAACAAGGAACAAAAGAACGACCAGGUUGAUUUCCUGCUUUCACUCCAGCAGGAUCUUAUCCAUCGUAACAAGGGUGAUACCGUCCUUCUCUUUACUGCCAAGUCUCUGUAUGAACUUGACCUUAUUGAGGAGGAGGCUUACGACCAGUGGUGGAAUGAUGAGCGCUCUAGUAACUCCGAGGAAUUGCGGACUGUCCGCAGCCAGACCCAGCAAUUUGUUGAUUGGCUCGCCGAGGCAGAGGAGGAGAGUAGUGAGGAAGAAUCCGAGGAGGAGAGUGAUGAUGAAAAGGCGGCUGAGGCGAUUGCGGACGAGGCACUGCCAAAAGCCGCCCACGGCUCCCGGAAAUCCACUUUUGCGUCCGACCGGCGCUCCCACCAAAGCGAGUCAAUAGCGACCGCCACAGAAAUCACAGAGAGAGAAAGUACCGCCAGUUCCGGCAACAAGAGGAGGCUCUCCGCGACGCCCACCACCGUCAGUAUGGACUCUGACGAUGAAUUCAUGAGUGACGUCUCUAGCCAAGAUGAUUUCUUGGGUACCCAGGGCUCUGAUGAUGAGAGCUUAGGUGAAGCUGUGCAUGGGGAAGCAGACUUCGAUGAUCUCGACGCCGGGUUUUCGGACGAUAAGGACCUCAUCAAACAUAAAAAGAAGCCAUAUGAAGUCGAGUACAAGGUUCUCGACCCUCCAGAUAUCGAUCAUGAACAGCUUGGCCAGGUCAACGAGGUCUGCGCCAUCCUUGGACUACCGCCUGAGUCGGUGGCGAUAUUGUUGCGGUACGGACGGUGGAACAAAGAAAAGUUGAUCGAGUCAUAUAUGGAGCAUCCGGAAGAGACGCUGGAGGAGGCUGGACUUGGGCAGAACUUUGAGGGGACCGCAAAGACCGAGCGCGUCCCUGGCUUCAUGUGUGACAUCUGCUGCGAGGACGGUGAUGACCUCGAGACGUAUGCCAUGCGUUGUGGUCACCGAUAUUGUGUCGACUGCUACCGGCACUACCUGGGGCAGAAAAUUAAGGAGGAAGGAGAGGCUGGCCGAAUCCAGUGUCCGGGCGAUGGCUGUAAUCGCAUCGUGGACUCCAAGUCGCUGGAUCUGCUCGUGACAAAGGAGCUUCAAGGAAGAUAUCGCGAACUUCUAACUCGGACCUACGUUGACGAUAAAGAAAACCUGAAAUGGUGUCCAGCACCAAACUGUCAAUACGCCAUUGAUUGUGGGGUAAAGAACCGUGAUCUCCGUCGCAUAGUUCCAACAGUGCGAUGUUUCUGUAAGCACGAGUUCUGUUUCGGAUGUUCCCUCAGCGACCACCAGCCCGCGCCAUGCACGCUGGUCAAGAUGUGGCUACAGAAAUGUGAAGAUGACUCCGAGACGGCCAACUGGAUCUCGGCAAACACCAAAGAGUGUACUAAGUGUAACUCGACGAUCGAAAAGAAUGGUGGCUGUAACCACAUGACCUGCCGCAAGUGCAAGUACGAGUUCUGCUGGAUGUGUAUGGGUCUCUGGUCCGAGCAUGGCACGAGCUGGUACAACUGCAACCGGUACGAAGAAAAGUCAGGCGCAGACGCGCGCACAGCUCAAGCCAAAUCGCGUUCCUCCCUGGAGCGAUACCUGCAUUACUAUAAUCGGUAUGCGAACCAUGAACAGUCUGCCAAGCUCGACAAGGAUCUGUACCUGAAGACGGAGAAGAAGAUGACUAGUCUUCAGUCGCAGUCUGGUCUGUCUUGGAUUGAGGUGCAGUUCCUAGACACCGCGUCGCAGGCCCUACAGCAGUGCCGCCAGACCUUGAAGUGGACUUACGCAUUUGCAUUUUACCUUGCUCGGAACAAUCUGACUGAGAUUUUUGAGGACAACCAGAAGGAUCUGGAGAUGGCUGUCGAGAGUCUCAGUGAGAUGUUCGAGAAGCCCGUUGCCGAACUGGCAGGACUCAAGGUCGAUAUCCUGGACAAGACUGCUUAUUGCAACAAGCGCAGGGUGAUUCUCUUGAGUGAUACUGCUGAGAACCUGAAGAAUGGAGAGUGGUCGUUUAACAUUGAGUGGUAA